GAAGGUACUUGACUUCCAGCCCUCAGCAUUCAGUGAUGAGACCUUAUAGUUGCCAUGACUACCAGGUCCACCGGUGCCACAUUUCCUGGCUAAUCUCAGGGACCUUCUCGCGGGGACAUGAUGACAUCAGCUUUCAUUCUCUCCCAGGGAGAGCCAGACAAGAAGAGCCUCAGCUCCGUCAUAUCAAGUGGUGGUCCCAGAAUUCAGUCAAAGAGAGGCAUUGUCAAGAUUCAGAGAGGUUUGUUAGCGUG